AUGGAACAGUGGAAGGAAUUCAAAGAUGAUCUGGGCAGAGUAUACUACUACAAUGAAAAGACUCAGGAGACGAGCUGGUCCAAGCCAAGCGAAACCGCAUUGAAAUUAACAUGGCAGAUAUUCAAAACAGAUGAGGGAACUGAAUAUUAUUAUAAUGAGGAGACAGGUGAAACGACAUGGGAUAAGCCAGCUGAGUUACAAGAGAACAGUCAUCAGGAGAAAGAUGAAAAAGAUGCGCCAAGUGAAUCGUCUUUAAAGAAGACAGAUCUUGAGCUCGAGCUUGAAUCAAAGCCUUUGAAAACUGACGAAUUGAUCAACCCUUCUGGCAUUGGCUCUUUUCAAGAUGCAGAGGAAUCAUUUAUCAAACUUCUUAAAGAUAAUGGAGUAGAUUCAACGUGGUCCUUCCAAGCAGUCAUAUCCAAGUUCAUUAAGAACCCAGUAUACUGGGCCAUUCCAGACUCUUUGCAUAAAAGAAAAUUAUUUGAAGGAUAUCUAGUUUCAAAGAUAAAGGAGGAGCACUUGAAUAAAGCACAGGUUGUCAAGGAUUUUGAAAAUAACUUUCUCGAUGUUCUAAAUAAUUAUUAUAAACUGAACAAAAUGAGCCUGACUACUCGUUGGAGAACAUUUAAACAAAAGCUCAUUGAAGACGACAACCCAAUUUUCAAUCAUGCUAUUGUACCUGAUAGCGAAAUAUAUAAAAUUUAUGAUCAGUUCGUCUCAGGUUUAGAAAGGAAACAUAAUGAAUCAAUUAGUCGACAGAAGGAGCAAGCAUUAAGUGAGUUGGAAACAUAUUUAAUUAGCAUUAAUCCAAGCAUCGUUUCUGAUAGUUCAGCUUGGCAAGAGCUUUAUAAUAAACUUCAAGAUGAUCCAAGAUUCACCGCAAAUAAACACUUCACAAUACUUGACAAACUUGAUAUUCUAGAAUUAUAUGAGGAUAAAAUAUAUUCCAAAGGUGUUGAUGAUAUUAAAGAGAAAAUUCGUGCUCAAGAAAAAAUAAAUUACAGGUCUGAUCGGAAAGCAAGAGAGAAUUUUAAAAACACGUUGAAUGAAUUGAAUAUUACAGCAAACUCAAGUUUCAAAGAGUUUUUUCCUAUAUUGGAGCAAAAGGACAGUUUUAUAGAAAUUUGUGGGAGAAAUGGCUCUACCCCAAGUGAAUUAUUUUGGGACAUUGUUGACGAGAAGAAGCAGACUUUACAAUUGAAAUCAGACUUGGUGGAAGGCGUUCUCGUGGACUUAAGGAAAAUCGACAGCACUAAGUAUCAUUCUGAUGUUGUAUUUAGUUCGAAGGAAAGUUUCAUCGAUGUUCUCAGAGAGGCAAAAGAUGAACGAUUGUCAAUAUUGGACCUAACCCUAGAUCAUCCAAAAGAUAACGAUGUUGAGUUCGUAUUUGAGAAAUUGAAAAGUGAUUCUAAGGCUAGAAGAGAACUUGAAAAAGAGAGAUACUUGGCUGACGUUGAUUUUGGAGUUAGAGAAAUAGCGCAAUGGCUUUACAAACACUACAAAGAUUGCGACUUUAUUCAUGUAGUAGCUGAUAACUCCACCGAUGACUCAAAGGGUUAUUUGGUUAAAAUAAUCCUGGAGUCCAAGGGUAGAUCAGUGCACUAUACGAUGAAAGAUGUUCUCAAUAUUACUGAGAUUAAAAAAAGAAUAUCACAUCUUGACCGAUUUCGAGAACUAGAAAGAACAAUUAAUAACUUCUAUGACUCUCAUUCCGAAGAGUCUUCGAAUAUACUUGACGAUGUCUUGAGAAAGACAUUUGAUCAAUUCAUAGAUAUUUUGAAUCAGCCCGAAAUACCGAGAGACACGAAGAGGACACUUGAGCUUGCAGAUCAAUCUGAAACUAAGCGUAGACGUCGUGACGAUGAUCAUGAGAAUGGAAGUAAGCGUUCUAAGCAGAAACUUGUCUUACUUAAUUAUUAG